UUUGGAGACACCUGAUCCUUCUUAGCUCAGGCACCUUCACCUUGGCCUACUUUCACCACCCCUCCCCUCUCUCGUUCCCUUGCCCUCUCUCUUCCUGCCCCACCACAUUCUCAUUCUGUUUUUCAGCUCUUUCUUUCAGUUUGCUCAGCACUCUUUCUUUCAGUUUGCUCAGCAUUACUGCCGAAUUCUCCUCUUGGGCACCUGUUCAGCUCUUUCUUCAGGCUUCUUUAUUUCCCCUGUCGGCAGAUGAGUGGACGGCAGAGACUGGAAGAGGAGAAUUUCUAGAGCUCGAUCAGGAGGGAUUAGAACCAAGUAUGGAAACCCACUGACAAAGUUCUUUUUGUGUUCCUUGAGCUUCGACUUCUUGCUGAAUCCAGCUCGCUCGCUUGCCCCUCUUUCUUCCCUGCAGCAACAUAACACAAGGGAGAAGCUUUGCUUUUAUUGUGUUCUUUUUUUUUGUUUGCGAUUUUGUAAAUGUUAGUGCUGAAAAGCUGAUCCUUGCCUGGACCAGAGUUUGGAAGGUUUCUUCUUCUGUUUUAAUCCUCACAGUAUCAUAAGGAUCAGAAUGACUGUCCCAACUAUAGAUGAUAACACAACCGCAAAUGGCCCUGACAAAAAGUCCACCAAAGACUCCUGCUGUUCUGCUUUUAAGAUGUUUGUCAUGUCCCUGUCUUUCGCCUACUUCUCCAAGGCUUUGGCUGGCACCUAUAUGAAGAGUUCCAUCACUCAGAUUGAACGGAGGUUUGACCUUCCUAGCUCUACUGUUGGCCUAAUCGACGUCAGCUUUGAGAUGGGUAACUUGCUCUUUCUAGUUCUAGUAAGCCAUUUUGGAGCCAAUAUGCACAGACCCAGGCUCAUAGGCUCUGGCUGUUUUUUAAUGGCGGUUGGCUCUGCUGUCACUGGUCUUCCACACUUCUUCAUGGGACGGUACAGGUAUGAGACAGUGAUAACAAGCUCUCUGAAUGCCUCUGUAAAUGUAGUUGCCUGCAGGGACAUCAUAAUGCAAAGCAAUUACUCGGAUAUAUAUUCAGAGCCAUUGCAGAAAACCUACACAGGCUUGGACUGUGUGAAAGAACAUGGCUCCAACAUGUGGGUUUAUGUGUUCCUGGGGAACGCCCUGCGGGGAAUAGGAGAAACACCCGUCACACCUCUAGGGAUCUCAUACAUUGAUGACUUUGCAAAAGCAGAGAGCUCUGCAUUUUACAUAGCCUGCCUCCAGACAAUCGCUUUGCUGGGGCCCAUGUUUGGAUACCUCCUUGGUUCCAUGUGCGCCAAGCUGUAUGUCGAUAUUGGAUUUGUCAAUGUUGACGGUCUGGCCAUCACUCCGAAGGAUGCCCGUUGGGUGGGGGCCUGGUGGCUGGGUUUCUUCGUGUCAGCCACUGUCACACUACUGGCUGGCAUUCCUUUCUGGUUCCUCCCCCGCUCAUUACCCAAACAGGAAGCAGUACACAAGGACAACCCAGGCUUCUGUCAUGGUGUCCAGGAGGCAGUGGCACAUCCUGCAAGCCCGUCUAUGAAACUGGCCGACAUUGCGAAAGGUUUCUUGCCUUCGCUGAAGAGACUCUUGGGGACCCCUGCCUACUUCCUGCUGCUGUGUGGGAGUGUCCUGAAAUUCAACUCACUGACUGGCCUGUUCACCUUCAAAGCCAAGUACAUGGAGCAGCAGUUCGGCCAAUCUGCCUCCAGAGCAAAUUUCCUCCUUGGUGUGCUGAACCUGCCUGUGAUCUCAGUGGGGAUAUUCCUUGGCGGAUUGCUGAUGAAGAGGUACAGGCUGAGUGUGGUGUCGGGAGCCAAGUUCUCAUUCCUCACCUCCUUCUCAGCGUACCUCCUCCUGCUUCUGCAGUUCGGCACCAAGUGUGACAACCCGCGGCUGGCUGGCCUCACCGUCUCCUAUAACGGGACCCCUCAGAUUUCUUAUGAAGAGCGAACGCUGUUCUCCCAGUGUAACCUGGGCUGUGUAUGCUCUGCAGCUGAAUGGGAGCCAGUGUGCUCUGACAAUGGCAUCACAUACUUGUCUCCGUGUCUGGCGGGAUGUACGAGCUCCACUGGCUAUGGCAAAAACACGGUCUUCCACAACUGCAGUUGUGUGUUGACCCCCUCACCAGUAGAGGGCCGCACCUCUGUGUCUCUUGGUCAGUGUCCUCGCGGGCCUCAGUGCAGCCGGACCUUCACCUCCUACAUGGCUGUGUCUGUCCUCAGUUCCUUCAUUAAUUCACUGGGGGUAACGCCUGCAUACAUGGUCAUUAUACGGUGUAUUAACCCUGAACUGAAGGCACUGGCACUGGGGAUUCAGACUCUAGUGAUAAGAACUCUAGGAGGCAUUCCAGCUCCGGUGUAUUUUGGUGCUCUAAUUGACUCCACCUGUUUGAAAUGGGGCAUGAAAAAGUGUGGCGGACGAGGGGCCUGCCGCUUAUACGACUCAGAUAUGUACAGAGUGAUCUUUCUGGGCUUGGUCACGUGUUUGAGUGGAUGCUCUUAUUUCUUCGCCAUUGCUGUCAUUGUGCUUUUGAGGAAACAGUUCCGCAAAGAAGACAUCAAGUCCCUCCAGAAGACCAAACGGGAUGAGUUUGAGCUUCAGGUCCCAAAAGGGCAGCCUGAUGGGUGGUCAGAAGCCUGUCCUGCUCCCUUAGGCCAGUGGGAGGGGGAAGCUGACAUAACAUGUUCUCAGAUGCCCAAGGGGUGCCCAUCAGCUGAGUGGGAUCAGAAAGGGGAAGGCACGUUUGAGCAGGUUCAUGGGCAAGAGAAGAGUGGACAGCAACUCAGAAGUUACCUUCACAGGACAGCCGGACCAGAGACACUGGGUCCACAGGGCUAACGGGAGUUUGCUGUAGCAACACUAUCUCUCACUAGACGUUUACGUUCUACA